CGCGAGUGGCGCGAAAACUGAUUUCUCUGAUUUCUCAUAUCGAAUUACAAGUAUAUCCGAGAUAAAUAUUUGUUAUCGUGAUCUCAAUGUAAAUGUCGUAACUGUCACUUCAAAACUAUUAUCAUUGGCAUAAAUAGUAAAUAGCGAUGUAUUCGAACACUACAUCGAUGGUUUUUGCAUUUUGACAGAUGUUUUAAUAUAGAGGAUGUGAUGUUUUUAUUUUAAAUGAACAUCAAAAUCAUUGUACAUAAGAUUUCAAUUUGAAACUGAUAGAAAAUGAAGUCUAGCAAAAACUUGAGUACUGGAAGCCUGUGGGGAGAAUUACCUGCUAGAGAAGCUCAUAAACAUGAAGUAAUAACACCGGAUAUUAUUGAAAAUGUUUGGCGACAAGUUAUGGAUGAUUCGAACAGUACCGACUGUGAUUAUCAAAUCGAUACACAACCAGAAUUUAUACAAUUACCCAUGGAAAAUGCUCAUGUCCUGAACACAAUCAAUCUUCAUCAACAGUUAAGAGCAAUGGAUGAGGGAACAAUUUUAGGAAGCAUUUCUACUAUGGAAUCGCAAGGUCUUCCUGAUGAAAAACGUUCAGAGAACCCAUUUCUUUUCCGAUGUCCUACAGGGAAUGGACCUAAAGUGAAGAAAAUUUCAACAUUGCAUCAUUUGAAGCCAGCUACAGCGCGUAAAUUGUUGAAACACGCAGUUGUCGUUUUAUUGGCGCACAUUGGAUUCGAGACGUCUUCAGAUACAGCUAUAGAAACUCUCACAGACAUCAGUGAUUUUUUUCUCAGGAGAAUUUCAUUGUUGCUCAAAGUAACGGUGGAGCAGGGCAAUCACGGUUUUCCGGACGCAAUGGAAAAAGUACUUCUCGAAGCCGGGGUCGGAGGCGUUGUGGCUCUUCAUGAUUAUUAUCAAGGCUUUAUUCUUCGAUUUGAGAAGAAAAUGAAACGCGAGGCCGAAAUCAUGGCUGAGGAACAGCAGCUGGAACUCAGUACAUGCACAACGAAAAUGGAGCUCGAGGAGGCUGCAAAUAAAUUGCAAUUCGAGGAACUCGACGAAUUUGGCAAUCUUUAUCGAGAAGUUCCGACUCUACAAUUGCUCGAUCCAGAUAUGGGAUUCCCACCCAGCUUGGACGCUGGCUUCCAGAUGCUUCACAGCUUGGAGCAAGACGAGUAGAUUAAACAGCCUUGAGGUAGAUGAAGAAGAGACAAACGUGAAUGAUUCGCCAAGCGCCAAACAGCAGAAGCUGGAGAACGUCAUGGAGAAGCGAAAAAAGUGAAGAAACACACAAAGAAAACCCUUAAUUUAUUCUCGAAUAUGUAAUGUUUUUAAAUAAAAAUAAAAAACUUCGAAUGAAAAAAUGACACUUUU